CAAAACCCCUCACUGCUCGUGGAUGGGAAUCUGGACAGGAAAAUCUGUGUAAUGGAGACAACUCUAUACCUUCAGUGCCACCAGUGCCAAACUACAAGCUCUCCAUGUCUAUUCCAGAAUGGCUUCAGGCAAUACAGAGCUACAUGAAGAUGCUGCAAUACAAUCACACAGGAACUCAGUUCUUCGAGAUUAGAAAAACCAGGCCUCUAAGUGGGUUAAUGGAGACAGCAAGAGAAAUGACCAGGGAGUCCUUACCUAUCAAAUGCCUUGAAGCCGUUAUCCUGGGGAUAUACUUAACCAAUGGGCAACCUUCUGUGGAACGAUUCCCCAUCAGCUUUAAAACCCACUUCUCAGGGAACUAUUUUCAUCAUGUGGUGCUUGGGAUUUACUGCAAUGGCCGAUAUGGCUCACUGGGCAUGAGCAGGCGAUCAGAUUUGAUGGACAAACCUUUAACUUAUCGAACUCUGAGUGACCUCAUCUUUGAAUUUGAAGACUCCUAUAAAAAGUACUUACAUUCAGUGAAAAAAGUAAAAAUUGGAUUAUAUGUCCCACAUGAACCACACAGCUUUCAGCCCAUCGAGUGGAAACAACUGGUCCUCAAUGUAUCCAAGAUGAUGCGCACAGAUGUCAGGAAGGAGCUGGAGAAAUUUGCUAGGGAUAUGCGAAUGAAGAUUCUGAAACCCUCAAGUGCCCAUUCUCCAGUGAAAGAGAGAUCAAGGGGUAAAUCGUUGUCCCCUCGUCGAAGGCAGGCCAGCCCUCAGAGACGGGCAUGCAGGAGAGACAAAUCGCCUGCGGUGGUGGACAAGAAAGCAGAUCUGGCAACGCUCAACGAGGUGGGCUAUCAGCUCCGCAUCUAGCAAAGCCAUAGGCUGGACAGAGGGCUUCCUUGGUGCUUCCUGCUGCACUUUACCUGCACUCCAUUGGAAGGAAGAAGGAAUGAGACUAUUUAUUAGCUUGUGGACCUUAGAUUAAAGUUGUACUAAAAAACAGAACACAGGAAACUUCUGGUGGCAAUAUUUAUUUUCUUUCAAUUCGUGGAAAUGGCAUCAGCAAAGAGAACCUAAAAUUCUGUUCGCUAGGAUGUGGGAUUCUUUCCUCCAUCAUGUAGGAGGUGACUCCAGUGGUACAUGGGUUUAAGUGUAACUUUUUUUAUAAAUUUUAAUUGAAUUUGGGCACUGUGCUGGGUGGUAGCACUGGGAUGAUUAUGAAAUCAUCAUCUUAGUGUUAAGAUGUGCUGAGAUGCAGUGCUCUUUUCUUUUGAAUCAUGUUCAGUAUUAAUAUUUAAUUCAGCAAUAAAAACAAGCAGUGCAGAAGUGGUGUGAGUUGCAUUAAUGUCAACAUUACCUCACUAAACUUAAUAGAUAUGCAAAAUCGUCAGUAUUAUUGUUUUGUAACUAAUUUGUACCGUCUCCCAGCAUUUCUGGUAGUAUUAAAACAGUGCUGGAUGUGCUCUGCCACCUGUACUACUAUUUUAUGCAUGUUGCUGAAAGAAGUUAAGGUUUAGUAAUAUGCAAGUGUAUUCUUAAGCACUAACAUCUUACUAUGGAAAAGAUGAGGUUUUGUUGGUUUUUUUAAAUGAAGAUAAUUGACCAAUAAUUUUUUUAAGAAACUUUUGUAGUUUUUUUUUAGCUUUUAGUCUUUUCAAACUACAUUGCUGAAGCACAAAAUGUGGAGACCGCUGUUUUGUAGAGACAAGAGUUCACACUGUAGUGCCAGUUUUUCUUGUAUAUAUUCUUGGAGUAAUGGGAAAAAAAAAGUUAGAAUUGCUAACUUGAGUCUUUAAAUUUUUCUUUCAAUGUUUGUGUAACUUGGAACCUUGUCUCUGAGAGGCUGAGCAGUCUCAAAUGGUGAUGCCUUGACAUCUUAUAUUAAGAUCAGACAUCACAGACUGAAGUUAUGCUUCCAACAUGUUACUAUAGGGAGUUCUUCCUAUAUGCAUUAUAACAACCAUUUAGUCAGACCUGAAAAAGGAAAUUUGUAUUGGAACAAGUUCAGCAAUAAAACAAAUUGCAUGUCAGAAAUAGCUAAACCUCAAGCUUGUCUGCUUCUUCCCUGCUCUGCCUUUGUUGUAAGGCUUAGCUUACGACCUGUGAUGAAGGUAGUGUUUAAGUGACAUGGCCAGACUUUUAUUGAGGUCCAUCCUUCAUGUGAAGGAAGUUCUCUGGAAACAUUUUAGUGCUGCAUUCCUGAAAGAAUGUCAUUAGGUGCCUAAAUGGAAACUGGAUUAUUCUCAAAGUCCAGCCUCUACCCUUUGUGCUGUGCUUGUAGAUGAUAUAACCAUGGGCCUUUCGUACCUCCCCUCUUGGGCUCUAUUUAUGGGUGUUUCUGAGAAGACAGGGCAUCAUAAAGCAAUGACAAUAAUGCUUGCUCAAAAUGAAUGAUUUAAACUCCUAGAACAUUCCUUGGAUCAACCAAGGAUGAAAUGAAUACAGGAAGAGAUGACUGCAUGUAGCACAGACCUCACUGUUCAGAGAAGUCAAUGGAUCUCAGUUACCUAGGACAGGAAGACAGAGAAAGCCAGGAACUUUUUAUAACAGUAAAACACUUUCCAGUAAUUAGACUUUACAAGGCCAAGCUAGAGACCAGACUUUUCAAACCUAUUACACUUCUUUAUACAAGGUUAUUUUUAUCAUUAGAGGUAGGUCUUUCCCAUCCCUCUUUCAAUAACCUUUUGCACUCCUAUGUUCACAAUGAGAAUUUUUUUGGCUCAGAAGUGAAAUUGAGGCAUAGAGGGAAAUAUUCUUUUUAGAAAUUCUUGUUGUGUAAUUUGACAUUAGCUGCAGAGUUUGUUUUAACCUUUGUGCUGCUCAGUGUUUUGUGACCUAAACACAUUUUUCAUGUAUUCUGUAGAUUUCUCAUGAGUAAAAUGAUGUGGAAAACUGUUAAAUCUUGACAAGCAGUAUCCGUAGCAGCCUGUUAUCUCUGAAACCAUGGUUUACUUCUCUUCAACUCACGUAAUGGUGAUUGGUAUGUAGUUUUUAACCAGUGUCCAGAGCAAUUUGAACUAGUCUCUCUGAACCGCCAACUUUUACACUGAAACUUUUCUAAGCUGUAGAGCUGUGUGACAAACUGUUUUUUGGGGUGAUUCUUGUUUUGAAGUUCAGCUGAAAUAUUGUCUUGAAAUUUGCUUAUGAUGGCAUUUGUCUUAACUGUGGUUCUAGUGACUUCUUUUCCUAGCUCACUGCAGAGUGGUCAAGUAGCAUAGAAAAACCUAUGCAUGAUUGUUCUUGCUCUCCCUACCCCCCCACCACCCCAAUUACUUGUAUGUUUAUACACAGCAUGAAACUUUAAUAAACUAUCAUGGUAGUCUUUUUUUAAUGACGAGGCUCUUUUUUUGUCUUGUUUAACACUGGAUGUUACACAUCACUGUCCAGAUUAUGAUAUUCCAGAAGAUAUCUAAGUCACUUCACUAGCCUACAGUCUUGAAUCAAGACACAUGCCAAAUAGGAAUCAACUGAGCCAGAUCUUAAGACUUAUAAAUAAAUACUCACUUCAUCUACUAUUAUAUAUUAUAAUCUCUAAGCAUUAAGCUCUUAGAAAUCACACAAUGUAGCUAAGCAUUAAUGUGUUUGUUAGGCUAAUUAAAAACUGAAACAAGUCUCAAACCCUGAAAAUACAUUCUUAUGGACCAAUAAAGACCAUUAAACUGGUGGCAGCAAUGAUUACUGCAUCAUGUCAAGCAGCUACUGCUUUUUUUCCUGUCACUAAAGCCUUGAGCCUAUUCCCAUGGUGUAUUGCCAUCAAACUGGGGAGGGGGAAUGCUUUAGGUGACAGUUCCCUUUUAUAAGGGGAAAGAAAUAAUUGUGGUCCUUUGAUAAUAACAUGAACUAAUGAAAUAAAUAGAACAAAUACCUUAGUGCUUUAACUGUUUCAUGUGAUAACUUUCUGAAAACUCCACAUUUCCCUGCUGAGCUUUACCACCUUGAGAAAUGUGGCCACUUAACUAUUCAGCAGCGUCCCUGUCAUUUUUAAGUAUAAUGCGUCAGCUUUACACAGCUAUCCCUAUGUAGUUUGACCAAGUUACAAGACUUGUAACCCCACUCACCCAGUUUCUUACUCU